AUGGCAUCAGAACAUAAGGAUUGUGAUGGAAGAAUUCGAUGUCCUUGUGUGAGAUGUAUAAAUAGUAGGUUUGAAAAAAUAGAUAGGGUUAGAGCACACGUAUUUGAUCGAGGUUUCAUGCAAGGAUAUGAUAAGUGGAUUUAUCACGGCGAGCCUGAGGAUGUUGUCGAUGAUGUAGCAGUUGCCGAUGUUGAAUCAGAGGAUGAAAUGAUACCUAUUCUAGAAGACUUCUUUCCCCCAACAACAGAGGAUGUACAAGGAGAAGAUGAACAACCAACCACAAACCCUCAGUUUGAUGACUUAUUUGAGGAAAUUGAAGCUGAAUUGUAUCCCGGUUGUGAUUGGAUUUCGUCUCUCAACUUUUUAGCAAAGCUAUUGCAUUUAAAAGUUAGAGGAAAAAUUCCUAAUAACAUCUUUGAAGAAUUGUUGAAGCUUUUAAAGUUUGCAUUUCCGAAGGAAAAUAAUAUUCCACCAACUUACUACGAGGCAAAAAAGAGAUUGAAGAAAUUAGGCUUGGGUUAUGAAUCUAUCCAUGUCUGUUUGUAUAAUUGUUGCCUAUUUUAUAAGGAGAAUGCAUGCAAGGAGGCUUGUCCAGUUUGCGGAACUAGUCGUUGGGUUACUUCCGAGAACGCCAAAACAAAAAAAGUUCCUUGCAAAGUCAUGCGAUACUUUCCGUUGACACCUCGGCUUAAAAGAUUAUAUAGUUCGAGGAUUACAGCGAAGAGCAUGAUAUGGCAUCAUACUGGAAAAUCAAAAGAUGAUGGGGUUUUGCGACACCCGGUCGACGGUUUAGCUUGGAAAGACUUUGAUGCAAAACAUCCCGAGUUUGCAAGGGACCCAAGAAAUGUUCGACUUGGGUUAGCUGCUAAUGGAUUUAAUCCAUUUGGCAACAUGAGUCUUGCAUACAGCAUGUGGCCAGUGGUGUUAGCUAACUAUAAUCUACCACCUUGGUUAUGUAUGAAAGAUAAUUAUUUUUUGCUAUCUACCCUAAUUCCUGGUGCAAAAUCUCCAGGUAAAGACAUGGAUAUAUUUUUAAGACCUUUGGUGGAUGAAUUAAAGGAGUUGUGGAAUAAUGGGGUACCAACGAGAGAUAGUUCGACCAACUCGAUGUUCACCAUGCGUGCUGCGCUUUUGUGGACAGUGAAUGAUUUUCCUGCUCGUAGUAGCUUGUCUGGGUGGAGUGGUCAAGGUUAUAAAGCUUGCCCUACUUGUAAUGAAGACACGACGUCCAUUCGAGUGAUCGGGAAGACAUCAUAUGUUGGUCAUCGAAGGUUCUUGCCAAGUAACCAUGCAAUGAGAAGGGAUACUCGCUUUGAUGGUAAAGUUGAAAGAAGACCUCCUCCAAGACGAUUUACUUGUGAAGAGAUAUUAUCACAAGUUAAUGCUCUCGAACCCCAAAUUCCCGGACAUCAUGAAAAUUUUGGGGGCGUGAAACGUAGAAGAGUUGCAGAAAAUUGUAAUUGGAGGAAAAAAAGUAUUUUCUACGAGUUGGAGUAUUGGAGCACGAAUAUUUUAAAACACAACAUUGAUGUAAUGCAUGUUGAGAAGAAUGUGUGUGAUAGUCUCCUAGGUACCAUCUUGGAUAAUGAUAAAUCAAAGGACACAACCAAUGCGCGACAUGAUUUAAAGAAGAUGGGUAUUAGGGAAUCGUUGUGGAUUUAUGAAGAUGGAAAUGGGAGGCUAAUGAAACCGCAUGCUCCUUAUGUUUUGACUCGUGAGAAAAUACAACAUUUUUGUCAGUUUGUUAAAGGAAUAAAGUUUCCCGAUGGCUUCUGUUCAAAUUUAAAGAGCAAAGUUUCUCCAGAUGAAUCUAACAUUAUUGGGUUAAAAUCCCACGAUUGUCAUGUCAUUAUGCAGCGAGUACUAGCGGUUGGUGUCCGUAAAUUUCUACCUCGUGACACUGCAACAACUAUUACUCAGCUGUGUAAUUUUUUUCGACAGUUAUGCUCUAGAACUCUAAAUGUAAAAGAUAUGGAGGAUGCUCAAAAUAAUUUAAUUCUGUUACUGUGCAAGAUGGAAUUGAUUUUUCCUCCAGCUUUUUUUGACAUAAUGAUACAUUUGGUAUUGCAUUUGCCUGAAAAAGCGAUAUUGGGUGGCCCAGUCUUUAUGAGAUGGAUGUAUCCUUUUGAAAGGUACAUGAAAAAAUUGAAGAAUUAUGUGGGAAACAAGGCACGUCCUGAAGGGUCAAUUGCAGAAGGUUAUGUUGCUGAUGAGGCAGUAACCUUUUGUUCAAUGUACUUUAAAGGGUGUGAAACAAGAUUUAAUCGACUUGAUCGAAAUGAAGAUGCGCCUUCUGUGUGUCGCUAUCUCUCAGUUUUUAAUUCUCAAUCUCGUCCUUUAACUAGCGAAAUCAUCAAGGCUCUUGAUCAUAUCGCUCGUGAAAAAGCUGAGUGGUACAUUCUUCAAAAUUCUCCUGAAAUCCAAGCUUACAUAGAGCAUGAAUAUCCUAAUGGUAAUCACGAAGUCUUGCAUAGGCAAACUUUUCGUCCGUGGUUUCAUAAGAAGAUAUAUGAGUUGCACAAGCUUGGAACUUUACAAAAUGGUGAUGAGUUACUCGCUCUCGCUUCUGGGUCCGAUUACUUAGCAACAUUUUACGAAGGUUGUGUAAUGAAUGGUGUUCGGUUUAUUGCAUCAAAGCGAGACCAAAAGCGGAAGACACAAAAUAGUGGUGUUACUGUUGCUGGAACUGAAGGGUUUAAUUACUACGGCACACUUGAAGAUGUAAUCACUAUAUCUUAUACUGGUGCAUAUACAGUGUCAUUGUUUGAAUGUAAAUGGUAUAACACUAAUCCAUUAAGAAAGAAGACAAUCACUGAAAAUAAUAUAACUAGUAUAAAUACUCGUGCAUAUUGGUAUCAAGAUGAGCCGUACAUCCUUGCUAACCAGGCGAAGCAAGUUUUCUAUCUUGAAGAUCCACUCAGAGGUCGCGAUUGGAAGGUUGUUGAAGAUAUUAGCCAUCGACAAAUUUGGGACAUUAAUGACAACGAAGAUGAGACUGAUGUAGAUGUUGUUAGUGAUUCUAACUCUGCCAAUUUUGUGUUGACGGUUGAUCUUGGAGAGUUGAUUAUGCAAUCGAAUGAACCUCCAGUAAUUGUUGAAUCGUCCGAUCAGUUAGUGGAUUCUGAGAUAGAGAAUAAUAAACUUGAUGAAAAUUAUGUUGCUGAAGAAGUAGAUGAUUUACUAGUUGAACAUGUGGAGGAUGAAAAUGUAAACUUAGUGAAUGAUGGAAAUGAUAGUGAUUCUUCAGUGUAA